AUGAAAGGACGUGUUGGUCGACACCAAAACUACACCUGUAAAGGCGAACAAGUAAAAUGUCCGGGCGGUCUACAGUGUAUCUGGGAGAAUUACAUAUGUGACGGUGAAGAAGACUGUAUAGAUGGUUCAGAUGAGAACGGAACUUUUUGUAAAGGUUUCACCUGUAUCGAAUAUAAUAUGGUAAAAUGUCCGGGUGGUCUACAAUGUAUCCAGGAGAAUUACAUAUGUAACGGUGAAGAAGACUGUAUAGAUGGUUCAGAUGAGAACGGACCUUUCUGUAAAGGUGGUUUUGAGCUCAAAUAUCUUCUUACUGGUUUUAGCUACGCUGAUGGGUGUUGA